AUGGCUGUGGAAGAGAACGGACACCUACUGUUUUGGAAUGUGGAUGUCAUUCGCUCCGAGGAGGCUCUCAAGAAACGACUGUUGCGAAAGAAAUCGCAUGCGGGAAUAAGCCUUAACUUCCAAUUUAACCAUACUUAUGGAACGAAGAUUGGAAUAAUCCGGAGUACGGUCAUAAGAGGCCUACGACUUACUGACUCUGAGUUCUGGGAAGAGAAACCGGAAAAACUAACUCAGAUGUCUCUUGGAAGCGGACAUACAGAAGAAGCAACAUACAAGUGGAAGGACCAAGGUUAUGAAAGGAAAGCAUGGGAAAAAGAGUAA